GAAAAACAGUUCAGGGAGAGGAAGUUAGUGUAAUACUUUGCUCUGUUUCCCAGCUUCAGAGAAAUAUUAAGAUGAGACCGCCUCCAGUAGUGACUGGAAUCUCUCCUGCAGAGGGUCCACCUGGAACUAAGGUGAUCAUUCGUGGAGAACACCUCGGUGUCAACGCGAAAGAUGUGACAGGUCUGACUAUUUGUGGUGCCAAUUGUCUGCUGUCAGCUGACUACAAGUCAGCCAGCAAAAUCAUAGCAAGGACUGGAAAGGCUCCACCAGGGAAAGGAGAUGUGAUAGUCACAACACGAUCAGGAGGACAAGGAAGCUGUACUGUACAGUUUAAAAGUGUCAUGGUGGUUCCAGAUCCUUUGAAAGAGAGUGCUGUUUGGUUGGAAGAGGUAGACCCAGAAGAAUUAAGGGUGCGGUCUGGCUCGGUAAGACCUGUGUCACCGCAGAUGAAUACCAACCUAGAUCCCUUGGGAACAGGCACUGAUAUAUUUAGCAAUAAAUUUACAGAGGAACAACUUGAAGAGUGUUAUCCUGAAGGAAGUGGAAAUAUCCUCAGUGAAAACUUUAUUCCAGGAUGGUUUUUAAUGGAGAGUCACUCAGAAACUGAAUUUAAUACACUAUCAGCUGGUCUCAAAUAUCUGAGACAUGAGGAGUCAAGAAGGGCUACUGGUCCACUUGCAUUUGUCAAAGAGAAUGUUGGGACAUUCCUUGAUGCUGUAGACACUCUCAGAAGUGUUCAGCAUGAUAUGCUGCGGGAUGAAAGCACCUGUGAUGGAGGAUCCAUUGUAGAGAAACUGGAGUCUUUUGUACAAGGUGCCAGCAAAAAUGCAGAGGGCUUGUUCCAGGAUGUGUUGGGUCGCAAAGAUGAUGCUGACAGAACAAGAAAUGCUCUCAAUGUUCUACAGAGAUUCAGAUUUCUGUUUAGUCUGCCACAAUGCAUUGAGAGAAACAUACAGCAGGGUGAUUAUGAGAUGGUAAUUAGUGAUUAUGGAAGGGCCAAAUCAUUGUUUGCUGGAACAGACAUAAAGAUCUUCAAAAGAGUUUUGCAAGAAGUUGAAGCCAAAAUAGAGAGUUUCCGUCAACAUCUCAAACUGAAACUUGCUGAUUUGCCAUCACCACCAGAAGAACAGAAGAGACUCAUAAGGUAUCUAGUGGACUUAGACUACCAAGGGGACCCUGCUUGGGAAUGUCUUGUCCUUCAGAAGGAUUGGUUACUCAAGCUAAUGACCACCUGCCAAGAAGAUCACAAAUCUAAAGACUCUGUUCCUCUGCUUCAAGUUGAUUCUUCAAAGACAGAAUUAGACAUCAGAGCAUCAAGAAGUGUGAACGCCAUGGGAUCUUAUCAUAGUGAAUCUCUGGGAAUUCUUGGAGUCACUCCAGCACUAAACAAGACAACUUCUUUAGAAAGAAACAUUAAAAGUGGUUCUUCAGUGCCGCAGCGGGUGGUGUUUGUUGAGGAAUUAUCAGAGCUAUUGACUGAGGGUUUACCUGAUUUGUGGAAACUGGGCCAAGCUUACUUCAAUGGAACCCUGAUUGGAGAUUCCAGUGGGUCAUCAAAGCAACUCAAGCCUACAGCACAAAAGCAAAAAUCUUUUGAGGAAAUGAUUCAUGAUGUGACAUCAUCAUAUGCAGAUCUUGUUAAAGCAGCAUUUUUUCCAAGUUCAUCUACUGUGCUUAAUGUUCCUUCUAAAGAGAAACAAGGAUCUUGGCAUACUCCUGUAGAGGGGAUGGGUGCUUGGCUUCCAUCCUGUGUCAGAUAUGUCAGAUCUUGCAUGGAGUCCCUACAAAGGUUAACUCUUCCACAUCAAGCUUUAGAUGGUGUUAAAAAGCUGGUUGGAGACCUGCGUAUGCUCUGUGCUAAAGAAGUCUUUAAAGAAGCCACUGAAGAUAUCAAAUCACUACACUGCAGUGAGUUCUGGAGCUUGGAGCUGCAGGAAAAUGUUGGUCGGAUCACAAGCUUGCCUCUAAUGUUUGAAAACAUUGUCAUGGAAACGCUCCAUACACUACGAGAAAUGGCUCUGAGUGGAGAAACAGAUAAAAGGAAGAAUAUACAGCUGAAAACAGAUGCAGUUGAUCUUUUCAAGGAGAUGUUCCAGGCUUUUAUCAAGUGUCUUCACCAUUUGGCUUUUCAACCAGAUCAGGAGUCAGACAAAGUUUCUUUGUCUGGUACAAAGGGCAGUACUGGAAGUGGGUCUCAAGAGAAUCUGGAUAUAUCAUCUCAGUCAAUGGAAGACAAUACACCAGAUGUUGAUGAAAGGUUGCUGAUUGUGCUCAAUAACUGUCGAUAUGUAAGAAUCAAUGUCCUUCCAAAACUGGUGGACAGCUUUAGAAAUAACGACUAUCCUAUCAGUGACAAGCUUAAAAAGGAUCUCACCAGUGAAUUGUGUGAUUUGGAAAACAAAAUCUUCAAGGAAUACAUUGAUCAGAAAGCUGAGCCACUGUUGACCCAUGUGGAGUCUGGGAUGACAAUAGGUGACUUCAAAUGGCACAACUGUCUUCCUCCAAAAGAUGUGCGCAGCUAUGUUAAAGAUGUUAUAAUGAACUUGGUUACUGUACAUGCACAGGUGUUUGCAGUAUCUGAGGAGCUUGUAAGUCAGGUGUUGUCCCGUUUGACUGACAUGUUGGUAGAUGAGUUCUGCAAGCUCAUUAGUGGGGUGAAAACAUUUACUUCAGCUGGAGCUGUUACUGCACAUUUGGAGGCACAAGCUAUUCAAGAAGCACUAACAGCUUAUCUCUCACAGUAUGCUAGGGAUUUAUUCCAAGCCGCAUUCAGUAAGGUGCCCAGCAUUACUAAAGAUUCAGAUAAGAGAUUAAUAGAAGCUUUGAUGACAACUUUCAAACGGCGCAUGCGCUUCCAGCUGCUGUGUUUUCAGGUCGAUAUGGAGGAGCUAUGACCUCAUAACAGUUCACAGUCUUCUUGUCCAGUCUUAGAUUAUAUAAGGUCAAGAAUAGAUAAGAUGUCAGCAACAUAGUGAGAGGUUGGGUGCAAUGCCUUGAACCCCGUGUGUAGAUGUAUGCACGCUUUGUCCGGCAUUCUGUCUCCCUCUCUUACUGAAAAGGUAGCAAAUGCUCCGUUAAAUCUAUUUCAUGGAAUAGAUCGAUUGUUCGAUGUUAUAAUUGUAAUUUACCAUACUGGUUGUUCAUCAAACAUCUUAACCCUUUACACCCUAACACCAUUAUGCAUAUUCUCUAUACUGUUCUCUAUACAUUCCCCAGGUUCUAACAAGGAGAAUUUGUAAAACCAUCAAGAGCUUUGUUAGUUGUUGAUCAUUUCCUUUAUUCUCGUGACUUAAACUUUUUAUUCAGGGGUGAUAUUGUAAGGAGAAAUUAAAACCUUGUCACUCUUACGGGUUAAAGGGUUAUUUGCAUAAUGCUAACUUGUAGUUAUACCAACAUCAUGAAGAGGUCUUGUGAGUGCCUAUCCGUUGGGCUUUUUGGCGUCUGUAUCAUAAUAUUCAAACAGGACCAUUUAUGAAAUAAAUCUUUAUUGUGUCGAA